AUGCAGCGCCGACGGAUCGUCCAGCGGAUUCUCUACCGCUCCGUCUACAUCCUCUUCUACCUGAUCCUGAUCGGCCUGCUGCUCAUCACCCCGGGGGACGUCAUCCAGCGGUCCAUCGCCAGCCGGCAGCGGUACAACAUCCUUGCCCUCGCCCUCGCCUACGCCGCCACGCUGCUCAUCAUCGGCUUCGUCUACGCCACGCGCCUCUACGUCAACAAGACGGCACUAGCCGCCGUGCCCCGGUCGCGCGUCGUGCCCGUCGUCGACCGCGGCGACGUCGCCGCCCGCGUCCACCGCAUGAUCUGCGCGGGGCUCAACCGCUCCGCCGCAGUCGCCUUCCUUUCGCGCCCGCGGGACCGCUCCGCCGCCGACGACGACGCCCUCGCCGCCCGCGAGAACCCCCUCGCCCAGCCGCGCCCGCCCAUCAAGACGGCGCGUACCGUCGGAUUGGAGCUCGGCGUCGUCCUGCCGGCCCGGGGCACCGCGUGGGCGCGCAUCGAGCAGCCCGGCUGGGCGUCGCCCGACUCACGCGACCUGCCGGGCCUGCAGUACAGCACCGUGCUGGCGGAGUUGCCGAACCUGAUCGAGGCCAAGGCCCUCACGCUGGCGCCGGACGAUCCCGAGGCGGCGGUGCUGCUGCAGCGCGACCCGGCCAUGAGCCUCCGGGCCUAUAUGGACGCCCUCGGAGAGCUCGGCGUGCUCGAGAUGGACGAUGCACGGACGGCCGACUUCCUCGCGCAGUACGAGAACGCGCGCUUCUCGACGCGCGCCCUGACCAACGCCGAGUUCCGCGGCCUGAUGCACAGCUUCGCCGAGCUGCUACGCGUCAUUCGUGCUCCGAACCUCGGCGACGAGACGCCCACGGCUCGCCCGCGACGACGACGACAACGACCGGCCGAGAGCGCCCACGAUAGCGACGCGCCCCUCGGAUCGCGCCCGACGACUGCGCACAGCGACCGCACGCCGCCGUCCGUCUCCAGCAGCAGCCGCGAUCGCGACCUGGCGCCGCAACCACCCGGCCGCCUGCCGCUGCCCCGGCGGGACUCGUCCUUCCACGCUUGGAGCCAGUACGCCACAGCGCCCAACACGCCGGGCAGCCGGCACGCAGACGGGACUGCGACCAUGUCGCGACGGCGAGGCAGCGACAGCAGCAGCAGCCUCGCGAGCAUGUCGACGACGCGCCGCGGCGGCGGUACCCCGAUGUCGAGGCUGCAGCAAGGGCCGCCGCUGCUCACGCAGCAGCGCUCCCAGGCAAGCCUGCGAUCCAGCGGCUCGGAGAGCUCGCGCUCGGUGAUUCGGCUGGCGACGAGGGACGACGCGUCGGAGCUUCCGUACGUGUUGUCGCUACGUCCGACGAUGGACAUGUGA